AGCUGCUGGCAGCACUCAGUGCUGGGUUCCCAAUGGCAUUCUGUUUGCAUUGGGGCUCUGAUCACUUUCCUGCCUUUUGCUUGCUGCAGAAGUUCAGCUUGCGAUGAGACAAGCAGGUUUGGAGGCACAAGUUAGACAUUUAUGUUUAGAAACUUUCCUGAUACGAUGGCCAUGAGAAAUGGGGCAAGGUGUGCUGGGGUGGAGCCGCAGCUCCAGCUCCUCUUGCAGGGUUGGUGGCCUCCUCUGUAAGGCAGAAAUGUCCAAAAGGAAAACCAUCCCCAGCAGCAGGCAGCAGGCUGUCUGUACUUCUGUCCCCAGUCCCGAGCUGGGGUUCCCAGCACUGAGACCUCAGUGAGCUGAAGGAGAGUUCAAGGGAUGCAGCAUUGGUGACAGGGGACAGUCAGACCGGAUGACCUUGGAGGACUUUUCCAGCCUUGGUGAUUCGGUGAUCCUGUGCCUUCAGGGAGGGGCUGCAGUUGCUGCUGUGCUCCAGCCCUGCCCCAUUGCUGGGGGUUACGGUGAUGGCUUUGUGGUUUGGCUCGUGUUCCUGCACUCUGGGUUCUCUCUGCCCGCUGUGCUGCUGGCACAGCUUUGCCAACUCUGCUGGCCACGUGUGUUCAGUGCAGCCCGUGUGCCUCACCGCCCUGCAGCCGCUCUGUCAUUUCAUACUGCUGUCAGCUGGGAGUCUGUGAGUGCUGCUGAGCUCUGCUGGCAUUAUAAACAGUGCGAGUGCCCAGCACGGAGUUUCAUGGCUGGCAGCCAGGCUGGGUGAGAGCACCACGUCUCAGUGAGCUGCUUGGCAGGCUCUGAGCACGCCUCCAUCGCUGCAGGACGGCCUGCCGGUUGCUUGUGGCCAUGAAUUCUGUUUGUAUUGGUGUCUGCAGUCUCACAGCGCUGUGCACAGGAUGGUGGAAGGCCUCGUGAUGCACUGCACGCUCUGCACACCGGGCAGCACUGUUGGUUAUGUGAGCAGGAGCGACCAGUCUGCCCCCUCCAGGGGUUCCACUGCUGUGGUCUGCCUUAUCACUCCUUCUCUUCUGGUUAGGAGUGCACAGAAGUUCUGCUGAGCACUUGCUGGAUCGCUCUGUUUGCAGCGCAGGGUGCGUCGCCUCUCGAGAGGUUUGAGUUCCUUCAGUCGCAGCUGAGCCUGGAGUUCUGCACAGGAUAAAAAUAGCAGGCGGUAAUUAAUGCACGUCCUCAGCGAGCCCAGCUCUGCUGCUCUCUCCUGACAUGUUGCACUGCUGCAAUUUCCUCUCCUCCUCCGAGGGAAGAGAUGAAUUAAUCUCUGCACGGGUAGGAAGGAAAACGAGGAGGUCGGGAGCGGGACGGGAGCAGGGCUGUGCAGUGGGAUGGGAGCAGGCUCUCCCUGAAGUUCAGGUACAUUCAUUUCAUUCAUUACUGCUACAAAGCUCUCAUGCACUUAUCCACCACCUGAUACUUUUUUUUCCCAUAUCUCCUAUCCUGUAAAGAGCUUUUUUUUUUAACCAGGAGACGCCCCAGCAGAGAGUGAGGCUGAUGAAGCACGUUCUGUCACACGGAGCAGUGAGGGCUGUGCUGCAGGCUGCACUCCAGCAAUGUCAGCAUCCCACAGCACAGAGCUCCCGCUCUCCUGGAGCACCCAGGGAGAUGUUCUGGGACAUGGCACUAUGAGCAGGGUGCUUCUCCCAGCCGCCUCGGGCUGUCCAUCGCUCAGGGCUGCUCUUUCCUGCUUGCUUUGCUGGCUUUCUGCUUUUUGUUUUUACUUCUUGAAGCUCUUCCCUCCCCAUUUCUCAGCCUGUUCCUGGAAUGCACCGCGUGUGUUGGUUUUAUUGAAGCUCAGUGGAGCAAGGGCUGCUCCUGGCCGGAGCUGUGGCCCGCCUGCAUCUCUCAGUUGUUUUUUGGAGAGAGAAACAAAGCGCUAUGGGAUCCUGCCAGGCUGUGUUCUUUUCUCCCUUAAGCUGCACUCUCCCCAGGCUGUGUCUCAGGGCUGGGAAGCUCACUGCUCAUGGUCACAUCAUCAGCACACCUCUGCAUCAUAACGUCUUUCCCAGGAGUGCAUUCCUGAACAGUCUGGCGUUUAUCAGCCUGCCUCUCACGUGGCAGAAAGAUGAAAAUUCAUCCCAGAGAGACAGAAGAGAUGUUGGGAACGGCACAGAAUCCUUCUGGUAGAAGAGAAGUCGUGGUUUGCAGCCAUUCCAUCCCCCCAGGGAUCACUGCCCCAGAUGGGGAGCUGCCUUUGGCUGUGACAGCACUUCCUUGGCAGCUCCUGGUGUGAUCCAUGUGGGCUCCGGAGGGGCAGCGAGAAGAGGUGGCUGCGCUGAGCUGCGCUGAGCUGCGCUCCCUUCGUGCUAUCCCUUAUUUUUAUGUUUCUCCUGAGCUCUCUCCUUUUUACUACUAAUCAGACUCGGUCUUUUAAAUCCUUCUUUGUGUGAUAGUUUCGUUGUAUGAAAGCUGAACUCGUCUGUAUCAGCUCUGUUGAUGUGGUUGUGCCCAUAUCAGAGGUGUGUGCCAAGCGUGGCCCUGUGCGCUCUGAGCUGAGCUUACAGCGCGCCGUGCUCUGCGCUGCUGUGCCAGGGGGAACAUUUGUUGCGGCAGGCUUUAAAUUUAAACUUGGGGUGUUUCCAAUGAAUUAAAUAUGAACAUCAAUAAUGCAGCUGGUAACGUAGCUUCUCUGCAAUUAAAUGCAGACGCUCUCAUUUUGUCUCUGUGCUUCCAGGUUUAGAUGCGCUGCGGCAUCCAUCCCGACUUUGCUUCUGGUAGGAGCUGGGGGGUGGAGAGCUGCUGACAGCGCAGGGGUCUCAGUAGGAGGGGUUUUUUGGAGCUGUGGAUGAGGCAUUCAGUGUGCCACCAAGCAGUGGUGGAUGGGGCAGCAUCCCAUUGCAGCAGGUUGGUGCCUUUGGAGCUUUUAGGGCAGAUCCCGUCGCAGUGGGUCUGUCCUUGGUCUGUCCUUGCUGCUGGGUGACACUGGGGCUGAGGAGCGCCCUGCCCUGCUGUGAUCACUGCUUUCAGGUAGAAGCAGAUGGAAAAAGUCAGGAAAAAAAGCAUUACAAGUUGUAGAUGUAGGUGUGUAAACGUAGAUGGCUUUUGGAUAUGGAAAGGAAGAGAAGCUUUGCCCUUCUCUUAAGCACACACAGCCACUCCACUUAGGAGAUGAGCAGUAAAGGACUGCCACGUACCUUCUGAUUCAGAGCUACAGACAGCUGCUGUUGCCUUUUCCCUGUGGUCUUAUUCCAGUCACUAAGCACCCAGGCAUUGCUCACUGGAGGCCCUUUGGCUGCACUGCUGUGGGAAGUGGGGCUCUGCCUUCCUCUCCAGCUGCAUCCCAGAGCCACACUAGAGCUGUACCCUAUGGAGCAGAGCACCGAGCUGCUCCUCUUGUGCCUCCCGUGGGGAGAAGGGCUGCUGGUUUUGGGGCCAGGGCGAUCGAUCUGCGUUCAUCAGGAGGCGUUUGUGCAACGUGGGGUGAAAGCAUCGCUGUUCUCCCAGCGGUGCCAUCAGUCAGCAUUGCAGAUGUUCACAUGCUCUGCAGCUGGGGGGUUUUCUCAUGGCUCUUUCUUUUGUCCUAGGCGUCUUCAGUUACGUAAAGGCGAGUCGCUCCCACAAUAAAGACGGCAGCGGUGAUAGAAUGCGGAAACCAGGGCCCCAGAAAGCCAUAGACUGGAAGGAUGGUAAGAAGCACAAGUACGGCCGCCCGCCAGAAUCCCCCUCCCAGUACCAAGGUCACUUUACCUGGGAGAAAUACCUGAAGGAGACAUGUGUUGUCCCAGCGCCCGCCCAUUGCUUCAAGCAGUCCUACACUCCUCCUGCCAACGAGUUCAAGAUCAACAUGAAACUGGAAGCCCAGGACCCACGGAACACCACAUCCACGUGCAUUGCCACGGUGGUGGGGCUGACGGGCGCCCGCCUCCGCCUGCGCCUCGACGGCAGCGACAACAAGAACGACUUCUGGAGGCUGGUGGACUCGGCUGAGAUCCAACCCAUCGGGAACUGUGAGAAGAACGGAGGGAUGCUGCAGCCUCCUCUGGGCUUCCGGCUGAACGCCUCCUCCUGGCCCAUGUUCCUCCUGAAGACUCUGAAUGGAGCAGAGAUGGCUCCCAUCCGGAUUUUUCACAAGGAACCACCAUCUCCAUCCCAAAACUUCUUCAAGACAGGUAUGAAGCUGGAGGCGGUGGACAGGAAGAACCCUCACUUCAUCUGCCCGGCCACCAUAGGGGAGGUGAGAGGUUCUGAGGUCCUCAUAACAUUUGAUGGCUGGAGAGGUGCCUUCGAUUACUGGUGCCGAUAUGAUUCCCGGGACAUCUUUCCCGUAGGCUGGUGCUCGCUGACUGGAGAUAAUCUGCAGCCCCCUGGAACAAAAGUUGUGAUUCCAAAGAGCCCUUUACCUGCCUCCGAAGUAAACUCGGAGAAGCCUAGCAUGCACAGUAGCACAAAGACUGUUUUGGGGCAUCAACAAGGGCAAGGGCGUCGCAAAGCAGGGAAGAAGCGUGGUCGAACGACCAAAGCGCUCAUCCACCAGCCCAUGCCUGCGCCCUCCAAAUCAGUGGAGCCUUUGAAAUUCCCCAGAAAGAGAGGCCCCAAGCCUGGCAGUAAGAGGAAACCUAGGACAUUGCUGAGCCCAGCACCCACCUCUCCAACCACCAGUACCCCUGAACCCGACACAAGCACUGUGCCCCAGGACGCUGCUACAGUCCCCAGCUCUGCCAUGCAGGCUCCCACAGUUUGCAUUUACUUGAACAAGAAUGGCAGCGCUGGGCCCCACUUAGACAAGAAGAAAAUUCAGCGGCUGCCGGACCACUUUGGACCAGCUCGAGCCUCUGUUGUCCUGCAGCAAGCAGUGCAGGCCUGCAUCGAUUGUGCUUACCAUCAGAAAACAGUCUUCUCUUUCUUAAAACAAGGCCACGGGGGAGAGGUCAUCUCAGCUGUGUUUGAUCGGGAACAGCACACUCUGAACCUGCCCGCAGUAAACAGUAUCACCUACGUCCUCCGCUUCCUGGAGAAGCUGUGCCACAACCUCCGCAGUGACAACCUCUUUGGGAACCAGCCUUUCUCCCAGCACAGCCACGCGCCGCGCUCACACGAGUACGACCACGACAGGUAUCUACCAGACAGAAGCAGUUCGUUAGACGGCACUCUGCAGGGACCAGGCCGGGGUACAAAGCGUUAUUGCCAAGAUUCCCCUCCGUACAGUGCUCCUCUCUCCCCCAAGUUACCAAAGAAUGACCGUCACCCACUGGAAGGUGAAACCUUCGUGCUGGGAGACGGCCCUCCUGGGCCCCUGGAGCCUCGCAUGGACCCCAUGGACUCCGCCCUGAACGCCGUCAAUGCCUCCGGUCACAGCCGAAGCUCCAGGGAGUUCCGCCUGCAGGGAUACCGGCACCUGCACCAGCCCUGCAGCCUCAGCCAGGGCAGCACCUCCACGCUAGGCAGGCUCGGCUCCACGGGCUCCGAGCGGUACCGCGAUGGCACACGGCUCAGCAGCCGCGACCCCUCGUGCUGGACGGUGGAGGAGGUGAUGCAGUUCAUCCGGGAGGCAGACCCACAGCUGGGACCCCACGCUGAUCUCUUCCGGAAGCACGAGAUCGACGGAAAGGCGCUGCUGCUGCUGCGCAGCGACAUGAUGAUGAAGUACAUGGGGCUGAAGCUGGGCCCGGCGCUGAAGCUCACUUAUCACAUCGACAAGCUGAAGCAAGGCAAGUUCUGAGGACGCUCAGCAGGACGGCCCCCGCGCUCACCUGCAGUCCGUCCACACGCACCCACCCACGCCACCGCCGCAGCCCGGCUGCAGGGAUGCACCACGCAGAGCCCUGAGCCCCUCCUGCCCCCCUGGAUCCUUGGCCACGUGGAAUAGGGUGGGUGUCCAUCCCCAGCCCCCAGCACUGCCUGUCUUCCACGCCAGCACGGAGCGGCUCAGCACCGGCCCCCCCUGGGGGUCUUCCAUAUUUAUUUGGGACUGGGGAGGCCCAGGGGAUGGAGCGAGCUUGGGGGCGGAGGAGCAGAGCUGGGCACCGUGGGACUCAUCAGCCCUUCUCUCCCCCUCGCAUUUUUUAUGAUGAGGAGUUGUCCAUUGAAAACUGACUUUUUUUGUACCUGAUGUUGAACUCACAGCUCCUGGGGAUUUAUAGCUGGAGGGGCAGAGCCCAUCUCCCCGCAGCCGUCCUGCUCCCUGCAGCUCCUUCCCAGCUGGGCAGGGGGCUCUGUCUGAUGUAUUUAUUUGCGAUGGCACUCGGGCUCUGAGCUGCGGGCCGGGGACUGCGGGGUCCAUCCCUGUACAUCCCCAUGCAGCAGCAGGCAGGACCACCAGGCAGAGCCCCUGCGCUGCCCCGAGAGCAGCCAGGGAGCUCCCCUGAGCUGCUUCAUCCCUGGGUUACCCACAGUGCUGCCCCCCACUGCAACAGGGGGAGACCGGAGGGAGGAGGGGGGCAGGCUUACCCCUAAGGGGAAAGUUGC